CGAACAUAAGAGCCAAAGGUUAGGGUUCGACUACAGUGUUUCGAGUGGAACAGCGAGCGAGCGUGUGUCGAAACGUGUACCAAUGUGCGGUGGAAUUUGGCUCUGGCGGCGGCGGAGCGAAACCUGGUGACGGAAUCUUAGUGGAGUGUUGAAUGUUGGACUGGCUGAACCUGCUGGUGGCGACGAGCUGGUGAAGUCCCUGGUGACGCACCAUGCAAGACACUAACCACUUCCUGAAGGCAGCACUGCAGGUGGGGCCGUGGCGGGUGACUCGCCGGGUGCUACUCUUCGUGGUGGUGUUCUGCCUGGUCAUCAUCGUGUUCGGCAGCCUCAUCCUCAAGACGCACGCGUUUGACGUGGACGAAGAUUGGGACGACGAUGAUGACGAUGAUGACGACGAGAGAUCCAUAAGCAGCGGCGACUCCCUCAUGUUGGUUCUAAUGGGACUCGCGGGCAUGGCGGGGCUGGCGGCGUGCGCGGGCUGCCUGCUGGCUACACCCAACACUCCUCGUCCCCUUGGGGAAAGUGGAUCAGUCUUCACCUUGAGCGGCGUCAACACCCAUCAGCCGGUCACCCCGAGACCCUCAGCCCCAGAGUCCGUGCCCAACCAGUCUGAGAACAACGGCACUGUGCCACCACCCAGCUCCACCGUCCUUCCCACUCCUACCAAAGUCAUGCCUCAGGGUAACGGGUAUUCUCACAGUCCCAUCUUCCCGAGAAACCCUAACUACCCUGCCGAGCCGCCUCCAAGCUACUCCGCGCCCAGCUACCCUGCAGGAGGUCAGCCAGGUAGGCGUUUGGCGAGAACAAUGCCUCCCAAUGUGACACGGGCGGUGUCGUCCCCGCCCACACUGCACACGGUGGCUGACCUCCCGCCUCCAUACGCGCCAGGCCACAGCCAGUCCUUGCGGCAGUAGAGGGAUCGCUGCCGUCUCCAAGUGCAGAAAUCUAACAAUGUACAAAGCCCCGAAGUGACGAGGACGGCUGAGCGCUAUGAUCAUCAUCAGCACCCGGGGCAGUGAUGCAUGUGUCGGCUGUGUUGUGCUGCGUGGAGCCUGAGUGCACGUGUGGGUGUGUGUGAGAAUGUGGCGUGUUGUGUACAACCUGUGAAUAGGGUGUGUGUGUGUGUGUGUGUGUGUGUGUGUGUGUGUGUAUGUGUGUGUUUGUAUGUGUGUGUGUAUGUGUGUGUGCGUGUGUAGUUUCUGUGUGUGUGUACGUGGCGUGGUGUGGCGUGAGGCCCACGGUGUGCUGUGGCGUAUCAGAAGGGGAACCCCGGCACACAAACACUCGCGGUGCUCCAGUGAUGCCAACGAUAUAUUCCCUCUCAUGACGAGCGAGCAUAAUAAUAAAAAGAGCCCCUCAUGUCAUGAUGAUUAUGAUGAUGGUUUCAUAAUUAAUUUGCUUCACUGUGAUAAUACAUAUUUAGUAAGAAUAAGAUUAAUUUUUUUUUUUUGGGGUAUUCCUUAGGGUAUGGUAUGUACUAUUAUUACAACUCCAACUAUUACUGCUCCCACUGUUAUUGCUGCACGUGAAGCUAAUAAAAAACGUGUAAAUAUAUCAAUAAACAUACUGGAAUAACGUACCCGGUAAUUUAGAGUAGUGACGAGUGAUAGUAACCCACGUGGUGACCUCAAGGCUUGUUAGGGCAGUACGUGGCAGCCCACCCCCCGCCACCCCCACCCCCACCCCCAAUCCCCCCAAGACCCGAGGCACCAGGAAGACUUGCAAACUCUUGUGUACUCUUGAGUGACCCCUUCCUCCAUGCUGCGUAGCUACACCUUCCCCCUUCACCUUUCCUCCUCCUCCUAUCCCUCUCCCUCUCACCAGCUUCCUCCUGUCAUCUAUCCUCCUCCUCCCUCUCUCCCAGAUUCUCUCUCUCUCUUCCAUUUAAAUUGCUAUUCCAUAUCACUUCUUUCCUCCUCCAUCCGUUCCCCCUUCCCCUCCUUCUCCUCCCUCCUCUCACCAGCUCCCUCCUACCCACGAUCCCCCCUCCGUAUCCUCUUAUUUUCACAUUCUAUCUCCUAUCCUCCAGUUUUCCUUCAUAUCUUCUCCUCCUCUUACCCCCUAUGCUAUCUCCUAUCGUCCUGCUCUCCUUUAUUUUCUUUUUUCUCCUCAGAUAAUGUCUCGUACUCCGUUUCACCUUUCCUUUCGUAUCCCUUCUCUUCCGCUCUCCUUAUCUACAUCUCUCUUUUCUCUCUUUCCCCAUUUCCUUGUUUCUUUAGCUUUAUUCUCAUGUUCCUUCUCCUCUUCAUAGUCUCUCUUUCCUCCUCCUCCUCUCUUCCUUGCUUACUCUUGCUUUUUUUUUUUUUUAUCUGUGUCUCCUUUUAAAGUUUUCUUACCGUUACUUUAAUCUUUGAUACCACCUCCUCCUGCUCCAUCUCUCCUUCACUCCGUCCCCUGUCUCUCUAGUUUUAUGCCCGUCCUUUCCCUCUCCCAAAUGCCGCCUGCCACUUGCCUGUCUCGGGGGAAGGUGACCAGAAAUAAUAAAAAAAAAUAAAAAAAAGUGAUUAUUCUUGUAUAUAUAUUACAUUAGAGGUCACUAUGUGUAUUGGGGUCUACCUCGUGGAUACACUAACCACUCUAGGAAAGUACUGACACACACACACACACACACACACACACACACACACACACACACACACACACACACACGCGCGCGUAUGCCAAUGUAAGCACAAUGGCACAGCAAAAGAAACAGUACAAUAUCAUAGAUUUAGUGAAUCACAACUGAACUCACGUACCGAUAGGCGUCUGUAUUAUACAUAUACCAGGAGGAGGAGGAGCAGGUGGAGGAGGAGGAGGAAGAGUCGCGGUUGUGAGCGGCUCUGCCAGGACGGAGGAGCAAGGUGAUGCAAAUAUAUUUUUUACCGUUGAAAAAUGUGA